AUGGCGCUGCCUCCCAUCGUCACUGCAACUCUGCAGUCAGCUGCCCUCAGUGGCACUUCAAACAUACUGGCCCAGGUCCUGACGGCCUACCAGACCGAUAAACAACUCGUCAUCGACUGGGUCCCCGUCUUCCAGUUCAUUAUCUUCACCCUCCUCAGCACACCGCCAAACUUCUUGUGGUGGGUCUCCCAGCGAGCACUUGUCUUUCACCAUCGCGGAUCCCUCUUCUACCUGCAUGCACGAUACGCGUCGUACCCUAGACCGUCGUCACUGACACAUACCAGGCAAGGUUUCCUCGAAGAGAGCUUCCCGGCCUACCACGUCUCGCCCACCAAGAAGGCCAUCGCCUCGGCCGCGGCCAACGACGACAAAGCGCUCGACCGCGAGGCGCGCGAGGACCAGCUCGUGGAGCCCAAGCUCAACAUCCGCAACACGCUCAUCAAGCUCGUCCUCGACCAGACCGUCGGCGCCGCGCUCAACACGCUCGCUUUCAGCAUGUUCAUGCACAGCAUCCAGACGGCGAUGGUGCGCCCGGAGCACCUCGCGGCCGCGCAGCACUCGGGCACGUUUUUGUUUUCGCGGGGCGCCAUCGACUAUAGUAAUGUUGACUGGCAGUCCGUCGUCCACAAGAGCCAGCUCGAGUUCGUGCCCAUCUUCAUCGCUGGCCUGAAGUUGUGGCCCAUGGUCAGUCUGGUGAACUUCGCCUUCAUCAAGAGCAUUGAGGGUAGAAACUUGGUUGGUUCUCUUGCGGGUGUCGCUUGGGGUAUUUACAUGAGUCUGGUUGCUGCGCGAUAA